AUGCCUAUUUUCCAUGAUCCCAAUGAUAGUCCACCCGCGCCGUCAUACUUGGCUCACACCUCGCCCACCAACCUUGAAAGAGGUGGAGCCACGAGACUUGACUCGGAGGACGAUUGGGGCAACGCCAUGCGACAAGAAGAAGCCCUGACUGCCCAACGGUCGCUUGAAGUAGACGUCGAGUCUUCCACCCACACGCGCAAGCCGUCCAUGUUCGGUCGCAAUGAGUGGAUCGAGAGGAUAAAGAAGACCAACAGCCCAUCAUGGUUACAGUGGCAGGGUACCGAUAUCGCAAAUCAUGGGCCUAUCCCACCACGUCCGACUUCUGGAGACCGUCCAAGCCUUCCACGAACGCCUUCCACCGAAUUGCAAGCUUCGCGCACUUCUACCCCUGACCAUGUCCGAGAUGCUGCAGCGGCAGGCCUAGACAUCCAGCGCCCUCGAUCGGCAUUACACUCGGGCGACUUUCGGGAGCAGAGAGCGGCUACCGCAACCGACCAUGGCCACUCGUCUGCCGGUUUUGUAGCCACUUCGCCUGUGGUUCCUUGGGACCGUUCGUUUCCCGCGGCUGGAUAUCCGACCCGUACUAGCCAUGUCCAAUAUUCCGAGCCGAGCAACGACGACACUCGUACUGUCGCGCGGGCACGAGCGACGUCACACUCGUCACACAGUCAAUUCACACUUCUGCCACCCACAAGCCCCCUUGUGUACCAGGCAAACAACACAGGUCUAGACUUCUCCUCUGGUCCGAGUUCGCGAAAGACCUCUCCGAGUUCAUACGAGGAGUCAAUAUUGCGAGGACGUAUGUCAACUACGCCUUCGCGACCUCUAGACUUUGUCGCCAAAAUCGGCGUCCUUGGGCGUGGAGAUUGCAAGUCGAGUCUCAGGUGCCCACCUCAUGUAACAGUGCCUUUUCCUGCAGUCUUCUACAGCUACAAUACAGGCAAUGGUAGGAUCUCAGAUAACGAGCCAAGUCCAUAUGUCGGUCUCAUAGACCUGGAAAACUCAUUACCAGCGCCCGAUGAAAGCAAAGAAUCCGGUAAACAUAAGCGUCGCCAUGCUGUACCUCCCCCCGAUCAAGAUGACUUGGACUUUCGGAUACAUCUGGGAGAUGAAGAAAGUCUACAAACAACAAAAGGGAAUCUUCGACGAAAGGAGAAGAAGAAGAGACGGUCGACUUUACCGAAAGCGCCUCCCGGGGGAUGUUACCGGAUUCCGCCACAGGGCCAGCUUCAGAUAGUACUGAAGAACCCGAACAAGACGGCCGUGAAGCUAUUCCUCGUCCCGUACGACUUGUCCGACAUGGAGCCAGGGCAGAAGACCUUCAUCAGGCAGCGCAGUUAUUCUGCGGGGCCUAUCAUCGAUAUGCCCUCUUCUUCACGAAAGAACUUGGGCACAGACUGCCCAGAAGCUGCUCUCAGUAGUUCCGACGAUCCCAACGACCGACCUAUUCUGCGAUACCUGAUUCAUUUGCACAUAUGCUGUCCGUCAAAGGGUCGGCAUUAUCUGUACAAAAGCAUACGCGUCGUUUUUGCCAAUCGAGUGCCAGAUGGUAAGGAGAAGCUGAGAAAUGAAAUUCAGCAGCCAGAGCCAAGAUACAGCACGUACAAACCGACAAGAGACUCUAUGGCAUCGCAAAAGACCCAGUCUAGCGGGCCUCAGCUUACAGACAAAGUCUCCCGUCGUCGCAGCGCUGGAUGGCCACUUUCUCACUCACAGCAGGCCUACGAUGCGCUUGAUAACAUUAGGCAGCACACACCCUUGCCUCCUCCAACAGUGAAGUUUACUGGUGACAAUGCCAACUCAUCUGCGUCGAGCAGUUUCAGCUCACAUGUAGCCGACUUACAACCCAUUCCCUUUGCUCUCAGUCGACUAGCUGCGAUUCAGUCACAACCUGUUUCUCGCGAGUGCAUGGAUGUUGAUCCGAAGAGCCCCUUCAGGACACCUGUUACAUCACCGAGGCCUGUCGUGAGCCCGAAUAGCUCCAACGACGGCACGUUUGAGAAACUCAGCAAAGGCGACAUUGGGUAUGGUGGGAAUGCCUUUUCACCACUCGGGAGCCCAACUGGACCUCCGAAUGCAGGUCUACUGUCGCAGAAAUUGCGGGGGCUGGGUGUGCAGCGCGAUGGAGAAGAGUCAACGUGA